GUUGAUGUCGCUCUGUCUGGUUUCAUUCAUCUACUGUGUGUCCACUGAAGCCUGAACACAUGAGCGGAGGCGGCGCCCUGCAGCAACGCACCACCUACCUCAUCUCCCUCACCCUGGUCAAGGUAGAGGCUGUGGAGGAGAAUGGAGGGGAGGAGGCCAAAAACAGCAACCAGGGGAAGGAGGUGGUGGAGGCCGGGCCUGGAGGAAGGGAAGGAGAAGAGGCCGGGGCCGGAGUGGAGGCUAAAGGUGAAGCACGGGCUGAGAAUGGAGCUGGACAACCGCCAAAAGCUGUAGAUGAUGUGAAAGAUGACAAGUUAUUGGAUGAACUUAAAGAUGGAGAUAAAAAGCCCCUCAGCCCCCUGAAGGAUAAACCUCCACCAACUGUGGACGUCCCAAGCAAAGGGAGUGAAAAGCCCCCGUGCAACCUCUCCAUCCCCUUACCUGCGGAGAGGGCAACGCUUCAGAAGACAACGUCUGCCGAGACUGACCUAACAAGAGUCCAGAAAACACCUUCAACUCCUGAGGCGAAGCAAUGCAGGUCACCAUCACUGACCCCAACGCCUCCAACAGAGAUGGUGGAGCCGACUCGCACCCCGACCAGGACCAGCCUCCCCAUCCGCCCGUUGGGGCAGCGUCCUGUGAGUCUGCUGAAGUCUCACAGCAACGUGGCCACCCGGGGUCGCGACUCCAGGGACGGAAGAGAGCGAAGCCCUACCUCGGCUCAGAGCCUGGACAGAAAGGACUGCCGGAUGCCCACGCGCUCUCCGGUCCCCUGCAGGGCCUCGUGGGCCGAGGCCAGCAGGCCCGACGCAUGGAGGAUGGACGAAGCUCAAGCAGGAAUGCCUCUGGAGAUCGGAGGUAGCAUGGUUGCGGUGAUGAGAGACCAACCCAGAAAGGACAGGCUAAAGACGGGGUCGGCCUCCCUACCUGGGCCUCCGAACCAGACCACCAAGCCGGGACGCAAAGGUAAAAGCCGCACGCUGGACAACAGCGACCUGAACAGCCUGUCUGAAGACCUGGGGUUAGCCAGGGAGAACCAGCAGGCCCAGCAGGGGCAGCGAGGCUCCGCUAAAGACAGGAAGAUGCUCAAGUUCAUCAGCGGGAUCUUCACAAAGAGCAGCUCGGGGGCGGCGGGGUCUUCCUCCACAGCGCCGCCGGUCUACAUACAGAGAGACUCCAGUGAGGAAGAAGUAAAUAUUGCCAACAGCCAGGAGUGGAGCCUGAGCAGAACCAUCCCCGAGCUCAGACUGGGCAUUCUGGGAAGUCUAAAAAGCGGCAAGUCAGCGCUUGUGAACAAAUACAUCACAGGCAGUUAUGUUGCACUGGAGAAGACUGAGGGUGGCAGGUAUAAGAAGGAAGUACUGGUGGACGGACAGAGUCAUUUACUGCUGAUCCGAGAAGAAGCUGGACCUCCUGAUGCACAGUUCAGCAGCUGGGUGGACGCAGUGAUCCUGGUCUUCAGUCUGGAGAACGAGAGCAGCUUCCAGGAGCUCUACCAGCUCUACAGCCAGCUGAGCGCACACCGCAGCGACGUCCCCGUGAUAGUGGUCGGCACACAAGAUAAAAUCAGUAGCACCAACCCUCGUGUGAUUGAGAACCAGAGAGCCAGACAGCUGUGUAUCGAUGUGCGUCACUCGCUGUUUUACGAGACCUGCGCCACCUACGGGUUCAACGUGGACCGAGUGUUUUCAGAGGCUGCACAGAAGAUAGUCGCUCAGAAGAAGCUGGCGGCGCUGCAGGCCUGCAAGUCUCUGCCCAACUCCCCCAGCCACUCAGGGGGCUCCACCCCGGGGUCCGCAUCCUUCCCGAGCCAGGCCAGUAAUGGCUCGACUUGUGGCUACGCCCACUCCCUCCCCUCCACCCCCGUGAUCGCUCACAGAGAUCUGCGGGUGGCUCAGGGAGAGGGGGGGGUAGGAGGAAGUGUCAACUCACGCUCGCUGAAGAGCAUCCCCCGCCGGCCCUCCCUCUUCAAGAACCGGGACUCAGAUAAGAAGUCUGGUGAUGGUAAAGGAGAUCAGAGCAACACGAGAGGCGUCCCUAUCAAACAGAGCAUCCUAUGGAAGAGAAGCGGCAGCUCUCUGAAUAAGGAGUGGAAGAAGAAAUACGUCACGCUGUCCAACAACGGCCCGCUGUCCUACCACUCCAGCUCCAGUGACUACACGCAGAACACCCAUGGAAAGGAGAUCGACCUCCUGCGGGUGACGGUUAAAGUUCCCGGUAAACGUCCCCCGAGAGCGGUGGCUCCUGCGGCCCCCCCCCCGCCCGGCGCUGGACCCGGAGUCAACGGGCUGAGCAAGGAGCCCACCGCCGCCGAGACCACCAGUACAGUUCCUCAGUUGUGUCCGUCCACUCUGUCUGUGGUAGAGGAUCGCUCUGGGGGUCUGUCGUCUAAAAGUGGAGACCGAGGACUUCAGCGCUGCUCCUCCUCACUAUCCACCAAAGCACAGAGUGUUGACGCCAUUGAAGGAGCUGCCGGUCCAUUUGCUGGAAAAGACCCCGGACAGUCAUCGCCCAUGAGCGACAGGAAGAAGAACCGGAGGAAGAAGAGCAUGAAUCAGAAAGGAGACGCAGCCGUCGGGCAGGCGGAAGCCAAACGCAAAAUGUGGAAAUUAAAGAGCUUUGGUAGCUUGAGAAACAUUAAUAAGACAGAUGAAGAGAACGCAGACUUCAUCAUCGUGUCGUUCACGGGGCAGACGUGGCACUUCGAGGCUCAGAGUCUGGAGGACCGAGACUCGUGGGUGUCGGCCAUCGAGAGCCAGAUCCUGGCCAGCCUGCAGUCCUGUGAGAGCGGCAGAAACAAGGCUCGGAGGAGCAGCCAGAGUGAAGCUGUCGCGCUGCAGGCCAUCCGCAACGCCAAGGGCAACAGUCAGUGUGUCGACUGUGAGGCAGCGAACCCCACCUGGGCCAGUCUGAACCUCGGCGCUCUGAUCUGCAUCGAGUGCUCGGGGGUCCACCGUAACCUCGGCACUCAGCUGUCCCGCGUGCGCUCCCUGGACCUGGACGACUGGCCCGGCGAGCUCACGCAGGUCCUGGCCGCCAUCGGGAACCACAUGGCUAACAACAUCUGGGAGAGCUGCACCCAGGGCCGGGUCAAACCCACGCCCACUGCGACACGGGAGGAAAGAGAGUCGUGGAUUCGUGCAAAGUACGAGCAGCGGUUGUUUGUCCCUCCCCAGGGGCCCCAGCACCCUGACGGAGGCAUGCCGGCCUGGCUCCUCUCCGCGGUGACGGAGAGAGAUCUGCCCCGGCUGCUGAUCCUCCUCGCCCACAGCUCCAAGGAGCAGAUCAACGCUCAGCUGAGCGACGCAGCGCCUCACUCCGCGCUGCACGCCGCCUGCCAGCUGGGAGACGUGGUCAUGACCCAGCUGCUCAUCUGGUAUGGAAUCGAUGUCAAGGCGAAAGAUAACCACGGCCAGACGGCGAUGAAGCUGGCCACGAAGAACGGGAGCAAAGGAUGCAUCGAUAUCUUGCUCCAGCACGGCUGCCCCAGCGACACGUCGCCCUCCACUGCCACGCCCGUCCUCUCCCGCCGCUCCAGCACCGCCAGCCUGGGCCGCACCAGCUCCAGGAAACGGGUCUCGUAGCGCGGAGGAGGAGCUGGACACGACUGCAGGACGCUCAGUGUUUUAGGGAACCUUUCAAAAAAAAAAACAUGGAUACUUGACAGGACUUCACCGUAGUACUAAGCAUUCAAAAAGUAGUUUCUGAAGACUGAACAACAUAUCAAACAACUUUAAAAGCAAUAUUCAUUCGAUUUGUUGAUGACUUAUGUUGCUGAAAUACUGUGUUGUCGUUGACCUCAUUUCAAAAUGACUCAAGUAGAAACUUUGUAGCUGUAACUGUAGAGCAGGAGAACUGCUUGUUUCACUUCCUCCAGAAGAAGUGCAAUAAUCCAACGAUGAAAAGCAACAAGUUUGAGAGGUGUCGGAUGACUGUCGAGGGUGCUGCUUUUAUUCCAAUUUGUUGUGACUGGACCAAAACAGCUCUUAUUUUCUUUCGCUUUACAAAUACAGUUUGUCAUGUUGUUAGAUAUGUGUGCCUGUUGCAGCAGUUUAAAGGCUGGUUUGGCCAAUAUAAACCGGUUUUCAGUGACGAAUCAGCUGAAAUACUCCUGCUUAGACUAGAAAAAUGAAUGGUUUGGAAUAAGAAAUAUGUCAGUGUUACUCUCACAGGUCAAAGAUAUGGCGUUUUAUUAUACUGUAAAUGUAUCUAUACUACAUACUUAAUGUUCUCUCUGUAACGAAGACACAACUGAAAAAUCAAAGACUCAAUUUUGUAAAUGAUUUCUACUGGUAGUUUUGAAAAUAUGUCAAGUUUGUUUUAUCAUUGUCUAUGUUAUGAUUUCUUACUAUCCUACAUGUCAUAAAAGCAUAAUCCAGUAAACAAAAUGCUUUUUCAUAAUGUGAACAUGUGGGUAUUUCAUUUGGGAUGGCCAGGCGGCAAAGAGACUUUGUUCACGUUCACGUUACUGUUGUGUAGGUCGAUCCCAUGAGUUUACAGUGAAGUAUGAAGAGUUGCAGGUGUCAUCAGUUUCUGACACUUUGUGGGUGGUGUGAGUCUCUCAUGAGCUAAAGAAAUGGUUACUGGGAUAAAAUAAACUUUUUUUAAUUAGCAUUA